AUGGACGGGGUGCGAGCCAUAUCGCAGUCGAUCUUCGAUGAUGCUCAGAAGUUUAACAAAGUGGGCCCAAAUCACAGAUUUGAAGGAAUCUUAGUUUCCUAUGAAAAUGCUAAAGGAUCGACCGUGAAGCGAAAUACGCUAGUUGGACCAGAGUUGUUGCCUUGGGUAGAGUCGUCGGACAUCGUAGCUGACGCGAAGCUGCAACUCGUAUGUGUCACGUCCAACUCGAACAACUCACUAAACGUAUCACAUGAUAUGUUUUCCAGUAUGAUGAGGAGUUUGAGGGUUGACACCAGCGUACUUCUCAUGAUCUGCCAUACAAAAGAUGGGUUUCACUUCUUCCCAGGCGAUUCAGAUUCGAUGUUGCCUACAUGGUUUUCCGGUACUCCACGCUAUGCAGUGCUCUGGACAUUCGAUGCAAAGCUCUGCAUAACUAAGGGGAUUGUAAUAGAGCGCCUUGGUGGUGUUUUCAAAGGCUUGACCGGUGUGGUUGACAAGUUUGCCGAUUACAUUCAUGCGCCACAAGUGAUGUGUCUAUCCAUUCCUAUAUACCAGAUGCAUUUGUACGAGGCGAAAACAGAAGAUGCCUUGAAUUCAUUGCGAGUUAUUGAGAAAUCCAUUGGGUUCGGGCCACAGAAAGGCGGAAACCAAUGGCAGGGAGGUCAGCUAAACACAUUUCUCGGUCAUGGGGAUACCUCCACCAUCGAUGAGACUUUGGCACUAUCCCGCAAAGUGCACGAAGUAAUUAGCAGAAUAAGAAACAAUGAUCGACUGCGCCAGAUCUCAACGCGCAUGCUGGAGGAUAUCUUGAACGCGAGCCGCACGACUGUGGAUGGUUGCCACGAGCCUGAGGGGAAACAACACAAGCAUUAUCAUGCCCUCCAGAAGCUUAGCGAGGCAGUAUCAGUACUUCAACAGCAGAUUAAUGCGAACGCAAAUUAUCUCGGAUACAUGAAAUACAGAGCUGAGAAUCUCUCACAAGUUAUCGUCGCACUCCUCACCCAUGAAGAUGCAGCCGCAAGUAUUGAUCUCGCGGCUGCAAGCAAGAAAGACACUUCGUCAAUGAAAACUAUUGCGAUUAUGACGAUGUUGUUUCUGCCAGCAACUUUCUUCGCCGCAUUAUUCUCUGUGCCUUUGCUUCAGUGGGACCAUCAAGUUGUGGUUCACAACAAGUUCUGGGUGUACUGGGCUUUCACACUUCCCUCUACAGCGGCCGUAUUUGCGAUCUGGCUGGCUACUACAUCUGCAGGAAACACUUUUAGGGCCUGGAAAGAUACAUGGAAGAGUUGAAAAGGGAUGCAUCAUACAGGAGAGUCCAACAUUCAUACGCUACUAUUGCAAAAUCUCAACAUCCCGACUCGUCCAUCUACGCUGGCAUAGACUUUCGCUAUGAAGACACCAAAGAAAUAAGUCUAUGACAGUCACUGUUAGUUCAGAAAUUCGUCUGCGAAAUAAUCUAUCAACUCAUCACUUCCUGUUUAUGCUAUGUCUAGUUUCCUCUUCCUUUCAUCCAUGCUCACAUGAUCAUCCAUAUGCGUGGAACUGGCUCUCUAAUCCAUAUUUCUUUGCGAUUAAGCACGCU